GGGGCGGGGCGGUGUGGGGCGGGGCAGGGCAGGGCAGGGGCAGGGGCAGGGGAGGGGGCUGUAGCGAGUGCCAAGAGCCAGUCUGGUGGAGAGGGCGGGGGCCACGCGGGGCGAGCUGCCGCCGGUGCCUCCUUUGCCCAGUUGGCGCCGUGAGCUCACCCGCAGAAAAUGUGUGUGAGAGGCGCGGCGGGAGGCAGCGAGCAGCGUGUUUGAGUGAGUGACGGAGGGCGCGAGGGCGUGAGGGCGUGCGAGCAGUGCAUCAGACGGAGUGUGUGGUUGCGAGUGUUGCUGUGUUGCUGUGUUACAACCGCUAUGACGCCCUUGCCAGUGACGGGCGGCCUGGGCACCCUGGGAGCGUGAGGGCGUGGGAAAGUGACCGUCGCGGUGGUGGUGGUGGUGGUGUGUUUUGACUGUGUGUGUGCUGUGUGCGGGUGCCGCUGUCCCGCUGACCCGCCGCCAUGACCACCUUCUGCAGGAUCACCGGCUGUGCCCGGAACCUGCCCAAGCCGUGCUACUUCCCACUCCUGCCGCCCAUCUCCCCCGCUGAGGCCAAGAAGCUGUGCAAGAUCACGGGCAAGGCCACGGACCUGCACAGCUUCAGCCCCAUCAUCGCCUUCGGCAAGCCGGUGAAGCACGAGGGCGUGGAGGGCUGCCGCAUCACGCGCCACGAGGACUUCUCCUUCGUGCGGCCGCUGCUGCUCAAAAACAAAGACAAUGAAGGCUCCUUCUCCUACCUGGAGGAGGUGCUACAGCGGAUGCGGGCGCGGCUCAAGGGCAAGACUGAGACGAGCAAAGAGUUUGUAUACCACAUGACGGAGCAGAAGACGAGCAUGGUGGUGUCUGCCGAGAUGGAGGAGGCCAUCAGGACGGGGCACUUCGAGACUGUGUCCGUGAGCAAGGACUCCAAGCGCGUCAACAUCAAACUGCACCAGGGCCGCAUCGUCAAGCUGGACCUGACCACCCUGGCGGCCGAGGAGUCUGACGCUCUGGACAUUGCCUGCGGCGAGGGCCAGAACAAGAAGGUUCUCAAGCACCAACAGAAAAUCUUAGAGGAGCGAAGGAAACGCAAGUCCAACACGCUGGCCCGCAAGAGCCAGUUCGAAGCGCUGGAGGCCAAGGCGGAGGCCGAUGAGCUGAGGGACUCCGUCAGACCAAUCAAGCCUCGAGUCAAGUUCAACGCCAAGCAGCGCGCCGAGAAGCUGGCCAGGAUGGAGGCCAUGCUGAAGGAGCAGCAGGAGAACAAGGCCAUCCUGCUGCCCAAGGUGACGGAUACACGCAAGCCCCGCGACGAGGAGCUGCAGUACGAGAGGAUGCUGUCUGACCUGGGCCAGGCACAGACCAAGUCCAUCACCAUGGCCGCCGUGUCCGCGGGAUUCAACUGGAAGGAGGCACAGGAGGCGGAGGACGCGGGCUUUGACUGGGACAGCUUCCCGCACGAGGAGUGGGUGGAUCCGCUGGAGGUGACGGAGACGAGCGUAGCGCGUCAGGAGGUGGUGAAGGGCUCCGACGUGGCUAACCUGCAGGUGGUGGUGUCCGUGGAGACGGUGCGGCCCGCGCUACCCAUGCCGCAGGACACGGCGCGCGCGGUGUGCAACCUGCUGGAGGAGCAACUCAAGCACACUGAGGACGUGAGCGACAUCCUGCGAGCCGCGAAGGACCCAGACUGCGUGCCGACCUUCCAGGACAUCUGCCUCAUCGCCGCCGCCAUGGAGGCCGCCGAGGUGGGCUUCCUGGUGCGCGGCGAGGAGGGCGCCGAGUUCGUGCCGAAGGCGGAAUACGUGGCCAGCGACGCCCAGGCCGUGUCUGGGGCGCUGGUGGAGAUCAAUGAGAAGAAGAAGUUCGUGGCGGGCCAGAUCCUGCAGGUGGGCGACAAGGAGUCCUUCGUGGCGGGCCAGACGGUGGUGACACCGCAGGGCAAGAAGUUCGUGCCGGGCCAGACCAUCAUCAACAGGGACGGCGAGGUGAGCCUUGUGCCGGGCCAGUGCGUCAAGGGCGCGGAGGACGAGGCCAUCCAGUUCGUGGCGGGCCAGGUGUUCAGCGGGCCAGGAGGACCCAAGUUCGUGGCGGGCCAGGUGAUGGACCUCGGGGAUGGACGGCAGAGCUUCGUGGCGGGCCAGACGGUCGUCACUGAGGACGGACCCAAGUUCUGUCCCGGUGAAGUGACGGUGAACGCGUACGGAGAGGACAUGUUCGUGCCGGGCUUGGUCAUGCCCACGGCGGAGGGCGCCAAGUUCGUGGCCGGCCAGGCUUUCCCUACGGAGGGGGGCCUGGCCUUCACGCCGGGCCAGAUCAUGGACACCAUCGAGGGCCCGUCUUUCGUGCCGGGCCGGACCUUCAACACGCCCGAGGGGAAGAAGUUCAUCAAGGGCGACCUGGUGGAGGACGAGGCCGGCCAGAUCAGAUUCGAGCACCGGCCCUUCGCGGAGAGCGAGCGCGUGAGCGAGUGGCUGGUCAUUCCUAACAGCGAGCUGCAGCCGCUGGCCGUGGCGCAGCGCACCGUGGUGGGUUUCAUCGUCAACCCCACCAACACCGACAACGUGCAGCCCGGCGACCAGCUGUACGGCGACAUGGUGGAGACAGCUGACGCAGUGCAGUUCUACCUGUCUGGAAAGCUGCCCAAGGAGUUGUCGCCUGAGGCCAAGGUCAUCCCGGGCCGUCUGGUGGUGACGGAGCAGGACCAGCGCUUCGUGCCCGGCAGGAUGAUGGCGGGAGAGGGCGAAGAGGCCGAAAAGUUCGUGCCGGGCCAGACGGUGACCACCACGCACGGCGAGGAGUUCAUCCCGGGCCAGAUCGUGGAGAGCUGCGAGGGGCCCAAGUUCGUGCCGGGCCAGAUGGUAAUGACGGCGCACGGCGAGAAGUUCGUGCCGGGCCAGGUCAUCGUGGAGGAUGAGGGGCCAAAGUUCGUGCCGGGCCAGAUCAUCCAGACCAAGAACGGCGCCACUUUCAUCCCUGGCCAGAUGAUGAACACAGACGAGGGCCAGCUGUUCGUGCCGGGCCAACUGGUGGAGACCAACGCCGGACCGCGUUUCGUGCCGGGCCAGGUGGUGGAGAGUCCCGAGGGGCCGAAGUUCAUCCCAGGCAACAUCAUCGAGACCGAGGAGGGACUCAAGUACGUCCCGCCAGACGCUGACGAGAUCGACGAAGACUUCGAGAUCUCGUUCCAGGGGUUCGAGGUGAGCGAGGAGGAGCUGGCGCUGCUCAUGACACACCCCACGGACGCGCGGCCGCACCCUACGCUGCUCAACGGCGAGUGUCUCAUCGACACGGACACGCUCAAGAAACUGGCGGUGGACACCGUGGUGGUGCACGGCACCACGCCUGAGCCGCAACAGCAGGAGAAGAAGAAGAAGAAGAAAAAGAAGAAGUCUCGAGUCCAGCUGGAUGUGAUGGAGGAGGAGGCGGAGGAGGAAGUGGAGGAGGAGGACGAGGGCACGGACAGGGUGGAGCUGCUGGUGGAGCUGGUGCGGGCUGGUUCCUGCAUCUCCGAGGCGCGGCGGGAGAAGGAGAUGGAGAAGCUGGCGGCCAUGAUGGGCGAGGAGGGCGAGCACGAGAACCAUGCCACGGUUCAGGUGGAGGCCAUCAGCCGCGUGCUGGCCUCCAGCAGCAGGGCGGCGGCGGUAGUGCGCGCCUUCCUGGGCCAGGACGAGGGCGUCAUCGCCAACAUCAUCCAUUACAUGGUGGACACCGACGAUAUCAAGAGGAAUGACCAGGCGCGCCGCGCGCUGCGCCAGACCGUGCACCGCGUGGUGACGCGCCGCUGCGACAGAGAGAUCGACGAGAUGGUGGAGAUGCUUAGCGACAGCCCCGAGAGUCUGCUGACGGACACGCGCACGCAGGUGCUGCUGACGGAGGCGGUGGGCGUGGUGUGUGUCACAGGCAACGUGGAGGUGGCCGCCAUGCUGGAGAAGUUCAUCUCAGAGCCCUCGGAGCCUGACUCGCUGCGGGACAACUCCGACGUGGUGUCGGUGCUGCGGCAGCUGAUCGUGCUGCACCAGAUCGCCGAGCAGGACCCCGAGGUGGCCCGCAUGCUGCAGGUGUUGCAGACCAACCCCGAGGGCCUCAAGGACCGCAAGAAGAUCCGCGAGUUGCUGCGGGACGCCAACCUGCUCUUGCAGAUGCCCAAGAAAGCCAAGGGAACACAGGACGAGGACGACGACGACGACGACGACGACGAGGAAGCCUCCAGGAGAUUUGACCUGCGCCACGUGGCGUCCUCCAAGGACAUCCCCAAGGAGAUGUUCGAGCAGCUGAAGGAGGACAGACACACGGCCACCCGCUUCAUCGAGGAGCUGCCUGACGAGCUGUUCCAGCAGAUCCUGCAGGACCAGCGGUGCGGCGAGAGCCUCAUCGCGUCGCUCAACGAGGGCUGCACGGACGCGGCGCGGGGCGAGCUGGACAAGUUCAAGAAGGGCAUGGCCAUCGUGGUCACCAAGGAGAACAUGCAGGCCGUCAUCCCGAAGUUCUCGCGCUCCGUGUGUUACGGCAUCGUGCCCUACCUGCUCAUCGACGAGGAGGGCAUCAAGUUCUUCGAGCGCGGCUUGACGGGCCGCAAGCUGGCGCCGGCGAGGGUCAUCGAGAACACGUGGUACAUGAGCGACGCCUACUACGACAAGAAGCCGACCUACGAGAGGACGCUGUCAGGAGAGAAGUACCUCCUGCCGCUGCCGGGGCGCCAACGCCGCUCAGGGCGCCAGGAGCUGCUGUACACCUCGCUGUUGCCGUCUGCCGGGCCCACCAAGCUGCCCUUCCACGAAGCCAACGGCGACCUCGACGACCCCGCCUCCUACAGCAGAUCCUCCAGGGCGGGAUCCAUCUGGAGUGACGCGGACCCCACCUCCGCCAGCCUCUCCCGCCGCGGCACCGUGGACAUGUCGCGGCGCGGGUCCUGCAGCCUCGCCGAGGACGGCCUGGACGCGGAGCCCAGCGUAAUCUACCGCCGCCCCACCAAGGACGAGAAGGAGGAGUGCGGCGCGGACUACAGCCCCGUGGUGCCCUUCAAGCCCGUGGUGCUGGAGGACGUGAGCGACUCGGCGCCGCUCUGCCGCUCAGACACCGUUGCCAAACUAUUGGACAAAUACUCUAAUUUUUCCCUGAGGCGAGAAUUUGGCCCAGGCGCGCGCGCUGCCAACUCCCGCAGCAAGAAGGGCCGCGACGCCAACGGCGUACACGAGAAACACAAGAGCAGGAAAGGUAAGCGUGAACACCGCGGUGAGCGUGGCGAGCGUGGUGAGCGUAGUGAGCGAGGUGAGCGUGUGGGCAAGGAUGGCUACACGGCGGCAGAGCGUGCCCUGCUGCCCUCCAAGUCCAAGGGCAAGGGCAAGGAGGACCUGCUGGCGAUCACCUUCCCCAAGGAGCGCUCACGCUCCACCACGCCGCUCUCCUCCAGAGAGGCCAAGGGUGACCGCAACGACUACGGCCUGAACGGCCUCGCGGAGCUGGAGCGCGAGCUGGACGCCCUGCCGCGCCGCAGCACGCGCGUGUCACGGAUCAUCGAGGACGACGAGGAGGAGGACGAGGACAAGGCCUUUCUGCCCGUGCCGCGCAGGAAGCAGCGGCCCAGCGUGCUGCAGGACAUAGACGACCCCGAUGACGACAGGACUCCGCUGCAGAAGUACAGGGACCGCAAGGCGCGCGACACGGAGGGCGGCGCCUGGGACGCCGACUCCAGGGCGAGCAGCGUGCUCAGGGAGAGGAGCGUGGCGCCCCCCCCUGCCCUGGGGCCCCUCGCGCCCAGGGUCGGCGGCGGAUACGGGGGCGGCGGUUAUGGCGGCGGCGGCGGCGGCGGCGGCGGCGGCUAUGGCGGGACUUACGGUGGAGGCUAUGGUGGCUAUGGUGGCUAUGGUGGGGGAGGGUAUGGGGGAGGCAUGGGGGGAUACAGGGGAGGGGGCUACGGCAUGGGAGGCUAUGGCGGAGGGUAUGGAGGAGGGGGGUAUGACCGAGGGUACGGCGGCGGGUAUGGCAGUGGAGGAUAUGGCGGCGGGUACGGAGGGUAUGGCGGAGGGUAUGGUGGCGGGUAUGGCGGGGGGUACGACAGGGGAUACGGGGGCGGCUAUGGCGGCUACGGCGGGGGUUACGGCGGUGGGUAUGGACGCGGCUAUGGCGGGGGUUAUGGCGGGGGAUAUGGCGGCUAUGGGGGCGGGUACGGCAGGGGCGCGCCGGGCGAGGGGCCUGGAGGCAGCUUCGCAAAUCGCUACCUGGGGGGCGGCGCGCCCCUCGUGGCACCAGUGUUCGGGGGAUCGGGCGGCGCCGGGUACGGCAACCCCCCGCUCCCCGGGGACACCUCCUUUGGGGCCUCGACGGGGUUGGGCGCCGCACCGGGACCCGGAUCCACGCCCAACCUGGGCACCACUCCCACCUUAAGUGUGGGCGCCUCCCAGCUGCCGCCCGCGUCCACGCUGUCGCCUUUCACGGGCGAUGACGCUCGGGGCGGCAGGGAGCGCCGCAGCGUGACGCCCCUGGACGAAGAGCGGUCCCGCGCCAAGCAGAUCGCCAAGCAGUACAUAACGGGCGGCAAGCAGCGCUCCACCUGCCCCGCCGUCAACCGCAUCCUGGGCAACGACGACGACGACGACUUCGACGCCGCCGACGACAACACCAACGGCGACGUGGACGAGCUGUCGUCCGAGGAGGCGUAGUCACGCCGCGCCUCAAGACACGCCAGCCCGGCCAGCCCGAGGCGCAGGUGUUGGCGCCUGCUAUGGGCCUCGUCCACCACCCUGCCCACCACAGCGUCACCCUGCCGCCGCGGCCACCCGGCGUCAGUGAGCGCCGCCACACCAUGACAACAGAUGUUAGCGAUAAUGAGGACGAACAAUUCCAUGUCACAUCUCACACUAGUGUUCUACUAAUGUUUUUUUAUGGUCUUCUGAUAAUUGUAGGAGUAAUGAAGCUACGAUAAGUUUGUAAAGAUGCACUAAUAUUAUUAAGUUAUUACUACGCUGUCAUGUCGCCGCGCUGUGAACUGUUACCGUCUUGUUGUCUGUUGGUCGCAUCAUCACCGUCACUGCUGCACUGCGUCACGUCACGCCCUCGCUGUGCGCUGUUACCGGUGCCCUUCAUCCACACCCUGCCCAGCCCUGCCCAUCAUACACACCCUACCCAGCCCUGCCCCUCAUCCACACCCUGCCCCGCCCCUCAUCCACGCCCUGCCCCUCCCCUCAUUCACGCCCCGUGCCCAAGACUUAAGUUAGUUCAUCUUUGCAAAGACACUUUAGGCGAUAUUUUGGUGGCCGUGUCACGUGCCGCUGAUUGGCUCACGCUGCCUUGACGUCACCGCCACCACCACUACCAUUGGCUGGCGCUUCGGUGACGUCAGCUUACUAUUGGUUCAAGCAGCGAUGACGUCACCAGCCCGGAAAGGUCACGCCACCACUCGUUUUUAAUAUUAUUUUGGACCUUAUGACCUCAUAGGUAUUAUUUCCUUCAUUUCCCUUCCACGUGUAGCGUUAAGUGUUGACAUAUCACCGCGGGGAGAGGGGGCGGGGUCUUGCUGGCACAGGCGGCCAAUCACACCACGCCAUGUCAAGAAUAAGAUCCGUCCAUCAGCCAAUCACGUAACAGGAAGUUGCCGCGCCUCUCACAGUACGAAUGAAUAAUAAUGAUAAUGAUAAUAACUACAAAAUUAAGAAAAAUGUCUUAAAAUACAGUAAGUAAUAAUGAUAAAUCAAUAGAUAAAUAGAUGGAGAGUAAGAGAAUAAAAGAAUAAGGCAGAUAAUAAUAAUAAUAAUAAUAAUAAUAAUAAUAAUAAUAAUAAUAAUAAUAAUGGGAAUACUAGAUACACAAAUAAAUAAAAUCAUAUAGAAAUAGAACGAUAAAUCAAAGUAAUCAUAAACAAACAAACAAACAAACAAGUAAUAAGUAAACAAACACUUACUUAACAAUAAUAAAAAAAUAAAUAAAACAAUAAAUAAAAAAAGGAACAAUUUUAACCUCACAUUGCAUACAAGAGAGAGAGAGAGAGAGAGAGAGAGAGAGAGAGAGAGAGAGAGAGAGAGAGAGAGAGAGAGAAUAGAGAUAGGAAAGAAAAAAAACAUGGCCGCCUUCCAGCAAAGCCCUGCCCUUGAACAGAAAACGUACAUGUCCGUCCCUACUGUAUGUGCGUGUGUGUGUGUGUGUAUGUGCGUGUGCGUGUGCGUGAGCGCGUGUAUGUACGUGCGUAUGUGCGUGUGUAGUCUUCUUUGUACACGCUCGUGACGAAAGGUUGGUGUAAAAUUUUUCAUUAUUCAUUAAAAAUCGGUGAAUCUUA